AUGUGUCUUCUACCCAGCUCAGGCCACUCCGGACGAUUCGGCCACGAGUUUCUCGAGUUCGACUUCAGAAUAGUGGGCGACGGACGCAGCGCGGUGGCCCGAUACGCCAACAACUCCAACUACCGAAACGACAGUCUGAUCCGCAAAGAGAUGUGUGUCAGCUCGCUGGUCGUCGACGAGAUCAGGCGAAUCGUCAAGUCGAGCGAGAUCAUGAAGGAAGACGACGGCAAAUGGCCCCAGAAGAACAAGGAUGGGAGACAAGAGCUGGAGAUCCGGCUGGGCAAUGAGCACAUAUCAUUCGAGACGGCCAAGAUUGGCUCCCUGAUCGACGUGACCGAAUCGGCAGACCCCGAAGGUCUGAGAGUGUUCUAUUAUCUGGUGCAGGAUCUGAAGGCGCUCGUGUUCAGCUUGACGUCACUGCAUUUCAAGAUCAAGCCCAUCUCGUGA